UAGCGUAUAGUAGAGUUUACAGACAGCGGUCUGGCCAAGGAGACCCAAAAAAUCUCUCUCUAUCUCUCUCUCUCUCUCCUCAGUCUCAGCUUAAAGCUCCGAACUUGGAGCCUUCCUGUCUCUACGUUUCUGCAAACCGACGAUCUAGGUGCCCAUUGCCUAUAUUUAUAUUUAACUAACUAACUGACACUAUAUGGACCGGAGACGAACCGACAGUCCGGUCUACGCCCGCCAAUGGACGAGCGAGUCUAGCAGCACUCUCGGCGGCGCCACAUCUCCGGCAAUGUCUCCGGUGCGUGGUCACCACGCUCGGUCAUCCUCCGCCAGCGGCAUCUCCAACAUCAAACGCACUCAGAAUUUUGCCGCCAAGGCAGCGGCUCAGCGCCUCGCUCAGGUAAUGGCCUCUCAGACCGCCGACGACGACGACGACGAAGAGGACGACCUCGGAUUUCGAUACAGUGCUCCGCCGCCACUCUCUCUGUCAAGAAAUGUCAACAGUCCUGGUGCGAAGCCUGUAGCUCCGUCUUCCAGGACCACUACUAGAUCGCCUUCGCCCGUGGCGUUAGCACAAAACCCUGUAGAGGAAACUCCACAGGUUCGCUCAACAUCAACUGGAAGACCAUCAAUGUCUCUCCGUGCAGCACCUCCAUUGGCACCACCCAAUAGAACAUCAGUUAGGACUGCAACUUCCAUGCCACCAUUGGACCCUCCCACCAAUAAUAGGAAAAAAGAGAAUCGAUUUUUAUCAGAAAUGGGACAUUUCAAAGCAAAAGAUUCGGGAGAUCAUCGAGAGGCUUCUGCACUUCAUGAUGAACUCGAUAUACUACAAGAAGAGCAUGAGAAUAUUCUUGAUAAGCUCAGACAGGAAGAAGAGAGAUGCGACGAAGCCAAUGCUAGAGUUAGGGAACUUGAAAAGCAGGUUGCUGGGUUUGGAGAAGGUGUGUCUUUGGAUGCUAAAUUCUUGAGCAGAAAGGAAGCUGCCUUGCGACAAAAAGAGGUUGCAUUUAAAGAUGCAAAACUGUCAAAGGAUGAGGUAGAUACAGAGGCUGCAUCUCUUCGGUCUGAAGUUGAGAAAGCAAAAGAAGCAAGUGCGGUUGUUAUGCAACAACUUGAUGGAGCUGAAUCUGAAGUGAAAUCCCUACGACUAAUGACACAAAGAAUGAUAUUGACUCAGGAAGAAAUGGAAGAAGUAGUUCUCAAGAGAUGUUGGCUUGCACGCAAUUGGGGCUUAGCUGCAAUGCAUGGUAUUUGUGCAGAUAUUGCAGUAACUAAGUACGAAUACUGGUCAUCACUAGCUCCUCUUCCAUUUGAGGUUGUCAUUUCUGCAGGACAAAAGGCUAAGGAGGAAUCCUGGGAAAAAGGUUAUGAUGAUCUUGAGAAGAGAAACAAACUUGUUCAAGACUUGAAUGAUUUAACUGGAGAAGGAAACAUUGAAAGUAUGCUUGCAGUUGAAAUGGGAUUGAAGGAGCUGGCGUCCUUGAAGGUUGAGGAGGCUAUUGUGCUUGCAUUGGCCCAGCAACGGCGUCCAAACUCUAGUCGGCUAUCCUUUUCAGAUAUCAAAUCGCCUGCUGACCCAAAGUUUAUGGAGGCUAUUGAGUUGAGUCCAGAGGAGUCUGAGGAUGUACUUUUUAAGGAGGCAUGGCUUACUUAUUUUUGGAGAAGAGCCAAAGUUCAUGGUAUAGAGGAGGAGAUUGCCAAAGAAAGAGUUCAGUUUUGGAUUAACCGCAGUAGGCAUUCACCCACAUCACAUGACGCUGUUGAUGUCGAGGAAGGGCUGAUGGAACUCAGGAAAUUGGGAAUUGAGCACCGGCUGUGGGAAGAAUCCCGCAAGGCAAUCGAUCAAGACCCUUCCAUGCCUAUUGCACAGAAAUCCGCUCCACGGUGAAGAAGCUAUGCUUGAUAGUAAAGAUCUCUUAGAUGUAUGUGCUGUUGUAUGCAUUUUUCCUUUUACUUCAUUUAUUUGUGUUAAUUGGUUUUGUUGAAGCACAAUCGAGGGGUACCCUUUUUUAUUUUAUUUUUUAAAAUUUGUGCUUUCAAAGGGACUCUGUCACUGUCAGUGUUCAUUACAAUUGUACAAAA